AUGUCCAAAACUGCAGUUUGUGUAAUUAAAGGUGAAAAAGUUAACGGUGUUGUUAAAUUCACUCAAGAAAAUAAAGACUCACCAGUCACUGUUAAUUAUGAUAUCACUGGUUUAGAAAAAGGUGAACACGGUUUCCACGUUCAUGCUUUUGGUGAUACAACCAAUGGUUGUGUUAGUGCUGGUCCACAUUUUAACCCAUUUGGUAAAAAUCAUGGUGCUCCAUCAGAUGAAGAUCGUCAUGUUGGUGAUUUAGGUAACAUUGUUGCCGAUGGUGAGUCAAAUACCAAAGGUACCAUCAGUGAUAAAAUUAUCUCCCUCUUUGGUGAACACACAAUCGUUGGUAGAACUAUGGUUGUCCAUGCUGAUCAAGAUGAUUUAGGUAAAGGUGGUAAACCAGAUUCCUUAACUACUGGUGCUGCUGGUGCUCGUCUUGGUUGUGGUGUCAUUGGUGUCUCUCAAUAA